CCGAUGUAAAAUCAGUCUGCUUGCUUGGUUGGUUAAACGUCAUAUGGAAAUUAUUUUAGCGGCUAAGCCCCUCCCACCAUACUUGAGGCGCUCGUCUGCUGUGUUGAUACCGAACAAAAUGGCUGCAGAGGCUUUAUCCUGACCCGACACUCUCGGUGCUUUUCCGGACACUCCGCACUUAUUCCUGGAUAUUUUCACCGUCGUUUAAAAAAAAAAUCUCUGGAUUCUCCACACAACUGCAGCCAGGCUGCUCGCCACAUCGCUCGCUAUCUUUAUUUUUGCACUUUAAUGAAGCAGCUUGCAUCGCAUAAUCUCAUGUCAGUCUACCAGACAGUAGGAGCUUUAAACUGCCCUCUUCUUCGUUUUGCACCGUAGACGAGAUGCUAUUUCUGAUGAUCAAUUUAUGCUACUGUACUUGACAAACUGCAUCUCUGUUUUUCAUGUAUUCUAUUCUGUCUUUUCGAGGGUAUUUCGUAGCGUAUAUGUCAUGGAAAUGCCAUCUGCUGUUUUUCCAGCAUGCAAGCAUCUAAUCUCCAUCAGAACUCAAAGCUCUGAGUUUGCAUAUAAAUUUCACGUCAGUCCUUUUCUCUUUGCAUAUUGAAUUUUGUUUAUUUUCGUUCUGCUGCCUUUUUGGGACACUUUCGGAGGUUCAGCUAAUUAUAUAGUACAUUGUUAAUUACUUGGGUCUGUCUGUUUUUACGGGUACUUUUUUUCCGCAAAAAAGGCCUUAUUACCGCUGUACAAGCAACACUUUCUUCUUCUUCUUUUUUUUUUUUUAAACCGAAAGCUGCCAAAGCUCGACUUGUGAACAAAAAGCUAAGAGAAGGUGAACAUCACAAGGAGAGAACCAUUUGAUGGAAGACAAGAAAAAGCAAGAAGAGACAAACAAGGAUACUGCACAGAAACCGGCAACUGAACAGAAAACCAAAGUGCCAGACUCUGUUAAACCCAAUCCCAGCAUCCCUUCAAACCCCAUUCUGACCCUGAACCUGCCUGUACCCUGUCCUGCCUCCACCAGCAAUGGCAAGCGUAGCCCUUGUAAUUCCCUACAACAGCAGUUACCUCCAUUACAGCAGCCCAGUCCCCGAUAUGUGCCCAGAGAGAUUCCUCCACGCUUCCGACAGCAGGAGCAGAGGCAGCUACUGAAGAGGGGUCAACCUUUACCUACAGGCGCUCUGAACCCGACCUCUGCUUGCCCUCAGUCCGGGGUCAUCUCCCCUCCCGAGACGCCCACCAGCAAACGGCACACGGGACUUCCCCAUCAAAGUGGACAGGGAGACCAGCAUGAGAAUUGUCUUUGGAGCAUUCCAGUCAGCAAAAGCAACAGCAGCAACCGGGAUAAAGUGAUUAUUAACUGUAACAAAACCGACACUUGGCCUUCCAAUACAUACGGCAAGAGCCACCAUACACCAGAAUGCACCUUGGACGCUGAAUGUACAUCAGAGGUUGUCAGCAACAGUAGCAGCACUAUUAUGGCUACAGGAGCUAGCCAGCAGGGUCAUUACCCAAUCAGCAAAGCCAGCAUCAAUCUAUCUUCUAGUAUGGUCUCUAGUCAAAGUAGCCCUACCAGGGGCUGGGUCUUAGAGGGAAAUAAUGACUUGUCUUUGGGCAGUAGAGGGCAGUCCAAAUGGGGUGCCUCUAAUCUGAACUUAAAUCCCAGUGCCAACCCUGCUGCUUGGCCAGCUCUUGGACAUGAGGGGCCUGGGGUAGGGUCAGGCCCAAGUAGCAUGGUUUGCUCAAAUCCACUUUCGCUUAGUAUGUGUGGCCAAGGAGGAGUGCCACCACCUCAAGGCACUAAUGGAAAUGGUAGCAUUGGUUGUGUCAGUGGAAACCUUGUAGGGGACUGUGCAUGGGGCAGCCCCGAUAUCCCAGAACAGCAUCAGUCACCCACAAAUGUAUCUUUCAACAUGAAACCUCCUAACCUUAAAACUGAUGGACCAAAUAACACUAAACCAGAGCCAAUGAGUCCAGUGAACAGCUGGAGAGGAAAUCUCAGUCAGUCACCUACUGAGCCUGCCAGUGAAGAUGGAACUGCCUUCUGGGGCAGCGGAGAUGCCAAAAAGGGAGAAUCAAAGGACUCAGGCUGGGAUUCUGCAGGCGUCUCCUCUUGGGGGCAAGGAGGAGCUAGCAGUGGUGGCGGCUGGGGUGACUGGGGCAAACAACCAAGCACUGAAGGUACAGGAUGGGAUGUUAAUGAUGGUCCUUCCCAGGAACAUAUGAGUUCCUGGGGCCCUGAUACUCCAGCAAGUGAGGGCAGCAGGGAUAGUAGUGAGGGCCACCCAAGAAGUAGAGAGAGGUCCUCAAGUGAUGAUUUGGCCCCUUUGCUCCCGAGGCAGGACUUGGACCCACGUGUCCUUUGUAACACAGGCUGGGGACAGACUCCAGUUCGCCAACACACUGUUUGGGAAAUGGAAGAAAGUCCAGACAAAAAGAAUGGUGCAGGGACAGAGGUCUGGGGGUCUUCCUCCAACACACCUUCAACUGGACCUGCACCACCUCCUUCUGGAUGUGCCAGUCCCAACCUCAGUGCGUCUCCUAGAAUGGAGACAAGCAAGAGUGAGGGACCUUGCAGAGCUAUGCCAAAUGCAGGCUGGGGAGGAUCAGUCCCAGCCUCUGCUCAGCCUAACAGUGGAUGGGGGGAACCACCUGCAAAUAAAAAGGUUCCCAAUGGAUCAGUAUGUGGCUGGGGUGAUCAUAUUGCUGAAGGCCCCAAUACCAAUGGCUGUAAUGGCCAGUCUUGGCCUGAAGAAAAGUCCCCUAAAUGGGAUGAUGGUACUUCUCAGAAGAAAACACAAGGUUGGGGUGAUGGAAGCAAAACUUCCUUAGGCUGGGGAAGUACCGGCAGUGGGAAUAGUGAAGAGUGGAGUGACCAUUCAGAAAUGCGGAAGAAUGGCUCUGGAAGUUCUUCUUGGGAACCUGACAACAGAAACUGGAAAGAAACCCAGAGAGGAUGGGGUAAAGCAGCACCAGCACAGGGUGGUAGUUGGGGUGAUGCUCAACAUUCCAAUGGUUCAGCCAAAGGUUGGGGUGGAAAACUUCAGGAAUCCACAUGUGGCAACGGUGAAGCUGGAGGCAUAGGGUCAUGGGGUGGCCCAAAUUCUGUGAAACAGAGCAACCCUGGCUGGGCAUCAGGAGGCCGACAGGAUCUGGGAGAUGAGGCCACAGGCUGGGAAGAUCCCUCUCCUUCUUCUAUUCGUCGCAAAAUGGAAAUUGAUGAUGGGACCUCCACCUGGGGUGACCCCAGUGCUUACAGUAAGAGUGUAAACAUGUGGGACAGGAAUAACUCCCUAAAUAAUCCGGGAACCAGCAACAGUAAUAGCCUCACUGGGCCAAACAACAAUAGCAAUCCUCACCAACACCACAGCCAAGGUCCUACUCAGAACCAUGUCAGUGGUAGCAACAACAAUGGCUCACCAAAUCAAGGUGAAUCUCCUCUCAACAGAAUGCCCAUGGUGAACCCUGGCUGGGGAGAGCUCCCUAAUGUACAGCCAAACAAAGAACCCACUUCAUGGGGUGAGCCAGCCAGUUCUAACACUUCUGUGGACAAUGGAACUUCAGCUUGGGGCCAGCCCUCUAGGGGCUGUGGGGGAUGGGGUGAAGGUGGCCAUGACUCCAAUGGACCUUAUGGCAGAGGAAAUGCACCUGCUGGAUCAGGCUCCUGUCAGGAAUGUCCCAAAUCUAUGCAAGAUGGCUGGGGAUCAGGAGGGGAAGAGAUUGGCAUGAACACUGGCCAGUGGGAUGCUGAUGAUGGUGACAUGUGGAGCAGUCCUACGUCCCAAGACUCCACUUGUAACUCCUGGGGUCAGUCCAAGAAGGGCCCACAAAGGGGCAAGGUCUCCAACAAGCAGGAUGAUGUUUGGAUUAUGACCAGACUUAUCAAGCAGCUUACAGAUAUGGGUUUUCCAAAGGAUCCUGCAGAAGAAGCCCUAAAGAGCAACAAUAUGAAUCUGGAUCAGGCCAUGAGCGCUUUGUUAGAGAAGAAAAGUGAACUGGACAAAUGGGGGAUGGGCAUGUCAGACUACAGUAAUGGAAUGAAUAAAUCAAUAGUGUGCCGACCCACAAACCUCUCCAAAGACACCUCACUGGAUCGUGCCCCCUUCUUGGACAAGGAUGGAAGGCUGUCAGAUGAUGCUUCAUCCUCACCGUUUAUGCCUUCUCCUGGCCUCAAGGUCCCACUGGCCAAUAGCAGCCUCACUAACCAUGGAUUGGGUGGAAUCUCCUCUGGCCUGUCCAUGCAAAACUUGAAUAACAGACAGAUGCAGAAUGGAAUGUUUGGCACUAACGGAGCAGCACAAACUCGGGUCAUGCAGCAGCAGGCCCCGCCCCCUCAGCCACCAGUGCCACCUCUAAGCUCCGCCCAGCCUACUCUACGUGCUCAAGUGCCUCAGCUUCUCAACCCUCAGGUUCAAGCACAGCUCUUACAGUUUGCAGCAAAAAACAUUGGACUGAAUCCUGCACUUUUAACCUCACCAAUAAAUCCUCAACAAAUGACCCUGAUGUACCAACUACAACAACUGCAGGUGGCGUAUCAGCGUUUGCAGAUUCAGCAGCAAAUGAUGCAGGCACAGCGUAAUGUCUCUGGUCCCAUCAAACAACAAGAGCAGCAAGUUGCACGUACAAUCACAAACAUGCAGCAGCAGAUCCAGCAGCACCAGCGUCAGCUGGCCCAGGCCCUGCUUAUGAAACAGCAGCAGCCUCCACCUUCCUCUCACACUGGCCUGCACCCAAACCUUGGUAAGGCCAGCCUGGACACUUUCACGGGUCACCCUCAGACUUCAGGCCUCUCCGUCUCAGACCUGCAGACCAAAGAGCAGCAGUCUUCUCCAAACUCCUUCAGCCCUUAUACACUCUCUGGUUUGAACUCGAACAUGAAUGUAAACUGUAUGGAGGUGGGAAGUCUAUCUCUUAAAGACCCCCCUCAGCCUCAAUCCCGGCUCUCACAGUGGACUCAUUCAAACUCCAUAGAUUCCCUGUCAGCUAGCGCUCAGCACAUGGAGGCAAACCUCAACAAGCAUGGUUCAGUCUCUUCUGCUCAGUCCCAUGUGCCUAUCGGAAAGAGCACCAUGGAAGAUUCCUUCAGCCCAUACAAUCUGAUGUCAAGAUCUGAAUCCCCCACCAGCACCAUGGUGUCUCCAGACAGCUGGACACAGGGCAAACGUCCCAAUGAGAAAAUCUCUAAUAACUCCAGUAUCAACUGGCCUCCUGAAUUCUGCCCUGGGGUGCCAUGGAAAGGUCUGCAGAACAUUGACCCUGAGAAUGACCCCAACAUGACCCCAGGAAGCGUUCCAAGUGGCCCCACCAUUAACACUAACAUACAGGAUGUGAAUCGCUACCUGUUACGUGACAGAACUGGAGGUAAACUCUUGGAAAUGAAGUCCACCUGGUCCCCUGGACCCAUCUCCCACACACAGGCCUCUUUAUCUCAUGAGCUAUGGAAGGUUUCCCCAGGGACACGUAACUCCAGUGCUCCCUCACGCCCCCCUCCAGGCCUGACCAACACCAAGCCCUCCUCCACCUGGGGAGGAAACUCUCUUGGUCUCAGCCAGGGCUGGACCAGCUCUUACUCCUCAGAAGGGGGAACUUGGAGCGCUGACAGUCCCAACAGAGGAAGCAGCUGGCUGGUGCUGAGAAACCUCACUCCUCAGAUUGAUGGCUCCACCCUGCGGACUCUGUGCAUGCAGCACGGCCCUCUCAUUACCUUCCAUCUGAACCUGACGCAGGGCAAUGCUGUUGUACGUUACAGCUCCAAGGAGGAGGCUGCCAAAGCUCAAAAAUCCCUGCACAUGUGUGUGCUGGGUAACACUACCAUCCUGGCAGAGUUUGCCGGUGAGGAUGAUGUGAACCGCUUCUUUGCACAGGGCCAGUCCUUCACCCCCACCACCAGCUGGCAGGCCAGCCAAGCACCAUGCUCCAAUCAACCCCGGCUGGGCAACCCUGCUGUCAGCCACCCCACAGGCCUCUGGAGCGGGGGUGGAGGAGGUAGAGGUACCAAGACAGUCUGUAGUACUGGGAACAACAGCAGCGGAAAUGGAGGCAACCUGCUGUGGGGCGGUGUGCCGCAGUACUCCAGUUUGUGGGCUCCCCCAAAUGGAGACGAUGCCAGGGUAAUCGGCAGCCCCAUCCCAAUUAACACUCUGCUCCCGGGAGACCUGCUGAGUGGAGAGAGCAUGUAGGAUGUAUCAGACAUCGUAAACCAACAAAGUCAAAAGACCUAAUGGAUUAAAACCCAAGCAAAUCAAUGUGGCGAUAAUCACUUUUGUGGAGCUGUAACGGAGGUUUAAGGUGAAACAAAGCUGCAAACCUUCCACUGCUGUUUAUUUGUCCUCUGGUUUUUACGUCAGACUGUUUGUUGUGUUCCUGGAUUUUAUUCUUAAUGUUCAAAGACCUUGAGAAGCAAGAAUCAAUAGAAGCAGAAGCCUUUUGAUGCAUUUUUUUUAAUUAUUUCUAAAGGUUGUUUUUGUUCAAAAGUGUUGUUCAGGAGAAGCCAUCAACGAGGCAGCCAUCUGAAAGCGACCCAGGCACAGUGAGACCUCAUGACACUCUAUAACAACACUGUUCUGAUGAUUGGAAUAAUCCUGGUACUUUUUUUGGUUUUAAACUUUGCAAAGUUUCUUCAGAACUUCUAUUAGCCGUAAGUGCUCUCUCUCCAGGUCCUCCUUAAAAACAUUUAUUUUAUAAAAAAAAAAACAAAAAAAAACUUGUAUCUUGCACAGUUCUGUUUCUGAGCCAGCGAAUAGGCCAGAGCAAAUGAGAAGAACACUCCUAGCAGUGGCCUGUCAGCAUGACGAAUCACCAAUGAUCUUUUUACUUUACUUUAAUUCUUUUAGUUUUACAAAAGGGAGCUGCACUGCUCUAUGAUUUCUAUUCACUCACACCAUUUUUUUUUUUUUUUUUUUUUUUUUUAGUUUUUUUAUGUGUAUGGUUAAAAAAAUAAGCUGAAUGUUAAGCUUUGAUGUAGAUGAAUGAAUGUCAGUGUCUGCUGGAACUUGACCAAGCAUCUGUGCACGAGUACAUAACCACUGUUAAAAACACUCUCAGUGGAGGCUUUUUAAUUUAAUUUAGUCUAAUGGACUUCAGUGCUGAAUCAAUCAGAACUUAUUCAGUUACUAUGUUAUGUAUCUGAUCGGCCAUUUUAUUGAGAUACCACAGAGACAAGAAACUCAUUCUGAUGCAUUGUGCAAUAGAAGCCAGAGACCCUUUCUUCAGUCCACACUGAAGCUUAUUGAAACUUAAGACUCCUUUUUUUUCUUGAAGAUUUUGAAAGAAUUUAACCUUUGAACUCAUUUUCCCACCUUGCCUCUGCUUGUCUGGCUUGCUGGCUGUUCGGUAUUUGCGUGGAAAGGAGGAACUGUUAAUUGUGUUUGACGUCACUUCAUGCAGUUUUAAACCUGGCAUGUGUGGGAUCACACAGUCUCCCAGCCACUUCUUCACCAAACAGAACAGAAACGGAAUCCAGAGCGGAGACACAUGGCAUGGGAGUCAGGCACAAUACCAAAUACAAUGGGUUUCUCUUAAUGCAGUACAGAGUAAGAGACCUGUGCAUUUGGUACAAACAUAAAAGAUAUCUAUGCGUUCUAUGUCUCUUCUUAAAUGGGGUAUUAUCAUAGCACUUAUUGCAAGAGUUAUGCUCCUUCUGUGAAGCCAAUAAAUCAGAUAAUGGAGUGUAUAGUUACAAAAAAAAAAAAAAAAAAAAAACAACCUUCUAAUGGCAACUUUUUACUUUUUAUUUUUUUCUCUGGUCCAGAAACUUGAGUACAGAAAAAAAAGAAAAAAAAAUUCAGAAUGAAGGGAAGAACAAACUCUACAAUCAAACAAAACUCACAAUGUAUGUUUUUUGUGUCUGUACUUUUUUCCCACUCUCUCUCAAAGUGAUUGACAUUGUUACUCAAAUGAAAUAGUCAAAUGUCUUUAUCUGUCUGAAGGAGGCACCUCGAUUUGAUUGGAUUUGAAAAGGAGGAUGUGUGGUGUGUUAGUGCCUCAAUGUGGGAACUGAUUGGAGGACGUUUGAUUCUCCAUCACAACUCUCUCCGUGCACCUAGUACAAUGGAAUGCAAGAAAGGACAUUAAUGACGUCAUGAUGUGCACGUUGUCGUCGUCAUUUAUCAUUUGCAUCCUUGUUGUAGUAAUUGGGUACGGAUUUUUGAAUGUCUCCCCGUUCCUUCUCUGGAUAACAUCACCCCUCUCAUGCAUCCUUACCAAGUUUGAGACUGAAUGGAAUUGCCAGUGUUGUGAAACAUGCUUUUUCACAUUCUUUUGGUCUUCAUGCAGUGGUCUUUAACUGCCUUGCAGUGCUCAUAUGCAGAUACACUUUAAAAGAGGUGCCUCUGUAUAGCUGUCUUGUGUAACGAAUGCAAACAAAGAUCAGUGAUGGGGGCCAUGUUGGUUUUUGUUGUUAACAGUGUUCUUAGGUCAUUUAGAUUAGGGCCUCUUUUGUUGAUGUGCGUGUAUGUGACCUCACCCUGGGUAUCCCACCUCUAACUCAGCUGCUAGCAUCUUCUUUCUCUUAUGUGGCCUCAGUGAAGCCAACCCUGUUAUCGAGACAAGCCACCCAUACUUGAAAAAGCCCUGUCCAAGCAGUGUUUCUAUGGACAGACUCUUUCUGCCACUGGUUCUUUAACUACAGCCCAUGGCAUGCUGUCACUAUGCAAAGUUAGAGAAGAUGGGCAAGUAAUGUCCGCCCUGUGCCAAUCUGUGGCUUUGAAAGAAAGUAGGAAAUAUCUCACAGUCCUCCCAUAAUACUUUCUUGCAUACUCAAGGUCAUUGUCAUCCUUUUAAACUUAGAAUGUUGUCUGACACUAAGCCAGUUACAUUUUUGGAGGACUGUGUGUUAAUUCUGCUGAAUUUGAUCAAUCUCAUUUCAGUAUAAUCUCAGGGCAAGACAAGAUUAACUAAAUUUAUGUUUAUUGAAAGUCGAUCAUUUUGGAGAUUUAUCAUUUGUAAGCUUUACACAUUUAAUGAUGUGUAUGAAGCUUACAAAGUGUACAUUAAAGAAACGCAAGGGGAUAUUUAUCAGUGGGGCAAUAAAUUUAGGAGGGUGGCUAGUUUGAGUCUUCUCAAUCCUUUUGAACAGGGACUGCUGCAGAGCCAUCAGUUUGUUUAUACAGUAAAUGGGACCUGUGUAUCUUACCUCUCUGCUGCUGGUUGUGCUGAAUUCCCCUUAUGGUCUCAUGUGCCAGUAUAUACAUAGAUAUAUGUACAGUACACUGUGGCAUCUCUGACUUCACAUCUUAAAUUCCAAUGCGUGUCGUUUUGUUUAUUGAGCACUUCUGUUGAGUGGCACUUUGAUGAUUGUUGUGUGUUUGAGGUGGGAUUAGGUUCAAAAUGGUUGAGGAUAUUCGUCAGAUAUUUGUCACCUCAUCCUGAUUAUUUGUGAUAAUCUUGUUACUGUCAUUGGAAGAAUCCUAUAUAACAAACAAGAACUUUAACAGCAUUGGGGUUAUGGUAUGCUAAAGGCAUACUUUUUUUGAAUACCAAAAAUGUAAUAGCAUUUUAAUUUAUAUAUAUAUAUAUAUAUAUAUAUAUAUAUAUAUAUAUAUAUAUAUAUAUAUAUAUAUAUAUAUAUAAAUAUAUGUGUGUGUGUAUAUAUAUAUAUAUAUAUAUAUACGUGUGUGUGUGUAUAUGUAAAAGAUUGACAAAAACAUGUGAACAAUGAAGGAAAAAGAUCUACAACAUUUAAAAAUGCACUUCUUGCUGAUAUUAUCUCCUGUUUGCUGGUCACGUUGUGAAUAUUGACAGCAAGCUGGAGUGCCUUUUGUGUAUGCUGUAUUAACUGUUUGUUUGUAAAAAUGGGGCCCUGAACUGUACGUUUCCAUCUCAGACAUUUUGGGCCUUUAUGCUGUAUAAACAUUCUUUUUCUUUCUUUCUUUCUUUCUUUCUUUCUUUCUUUCUUUCUUUCUUUCUUUCUUUCUUUCUUUUUUUUUUCUUUUGGGAAAAGACAUUUCAACAGAUGUCUUAAGAUACUAAAGUUGUUCAUUGACUUAUUUUUUUUGUCUGUUUCUGGGUGGGGGUGGGGGGUGGAUGGGGGGUCACUGUUGCCUGUGUAUGUAACUGCCUUGUUCCAAACUCAGUCGUGGCUAGCUGACAGUGAACCACAAUGUGGCUGUAAUUCCAAACAGCCAAACAUCACAAGAAGUCUCUGGUGACACUCUAGGUAGACUAAAGCUAAACAUUAUCCUGUAUAUUAUAAUGCUCAUUAUGUAGAAAAAUGCUAUCAGAUAUCUGAUUCCUUCCCUUUUGAAUCUACUGGGUAAAAUAUAAUUUGAAAUAAGCAAUAGACCUUGAUCCUUACAGUGUAUCAUUCGAGAGAAUUUGCCUAAGUAAAAAAAUAAAAAAACGAAAGACUGAUUAAUGAUAGAUAUGAACCAAAUAGUCUUACUGGAUAAGCAUGUUUAAAAUGAAAUGA